UAUUUGAUUUUCUGGGGGGAUUUCUGGGGGAAAGUCGUGGAUGGGGCUGGUUGCUUUAAUUCCUUUCUAGGAAAAAAAAAACCAACACAAAACCAGCACACAAAAAAAGAAAAAAAACAAAAAAAUUCCUACAAAAACCAAACAAAAAAACCUCCACUGCCUCUCAAACCCCACUGUUUGAAGUUCUGGUAAUGUAUGUUCUUCAGGUGUAUCUAUUUUACUAUGUCUUAUUUUUCAAAGCUAAGGGGACAAAAAGAAGGUGGUAUCUUACAAAAGGAAAUUCACAGAACCCUCCUGUCAUAAAAAGGUAGAAAGAUGGGCCAGAUGAGUUACCUAAAGUUAUUUCUGCACCCAAAGAUGGAAUUGAAGAUGUAGCAGAAGUAGCUUUAGUCAGCUUUCAUGAAAUUUGCUGUUAAGAAGUGGCAGCAUACUAUUUCAUGUGGUCAACAGGGAAUCAACAUAAUCUGUCAGGGAAUGCUGGUUUCCAGUGAGGUCUGUGCUGCUAUAGAGACGCUCUUACCCAUACCUGAGCCACCCAGUUAAAACAUUUGUGUCUGCAUCAAGUACACCCACGCUUCUGGCCUCCGUUUAGACACAGAACUGUCUCUCAAGUUAACUCAUCCUGGUUGGAGCAAGGCAUUUGUUAGUUUUCACCUAAAUCAACUGGUUGGAUUUAGAACUGUGUGGGUGCCUAAUUUUAACACAGUAUGUUAACUACUGCAAAAAUGUCCUCAUGGAAUUCUAGUUGGAGGCAGUCUGGUUUUUUUCCAGUUCCUAGUGUAUAUAAAAGUGAAGACCAAGCUGGACAAAAAGAGGACAGGAUAGAUGGUGAGCUCUUAAUUCUGACUUCCGCCCUAUUGCAGUUUCCAGUGCAUCAGAAAGGCUCAUCCCCUGGUGUCUGACAGAAGUCACACUGCUGGCUUUUUGUGCACCUCCUCACUGGCAGAGCAUGAGACACAAGGAAGUCCUUGGUUUAGGAUAAAUAUGACUUAGCAACAAUGAAGAUGUGAGCUUGUUAUCCACAUUAUUCUCAUACUGAAUCCUAAAGACAGCUACUACACCAGCUACUGAGAAGAAAUUAACUCUAUUCCAGCCAAAACAGGACACACUGAUGUUUAUUCAGAGCAGGUUGGGUUCUUAUAAUCUGACUCCUCUCUAUUUCAAUUUAUACUAGCCAAAAUUACAAUCAUUCACUAUUUUGGAUAUCCUUUCUAUGUUUUAAUGAUAUUUUUAAUAGGACACCAUCAGCAAAAGUUAAAAGGACUUGCAGUAAAAUUGGCUUCUCAGUCUAGUCCAGCAACUAAGAUUUCUUCCCAUGAAAUUUUAAUUGCUCAUAGACAGUUGGUGCUUUCUGCCUUCUUCAUCUGCCCUAGUGGAAAAACAGGUGUUAUCUAAAAGACCAAAUGAGCCUAAAUAUAAUUUAAAGUAAGUGUGGAAAUUAUUCAAAUAUUCCCAUGAAGAAGCCUUACAAAGUAGCAGUGUGGAGAUCCCUCUUCAGAAUAUGUGACAUAAAUGUGCAGAGAAAUUGAUCUUCAAAGUAGGCAGGUUACAAAUAAUUUAAAAUAAAACUAGUAUUUUGUACUUGUCUUGAAAGCUAAGAGACAGCAAGUGUAGAACUCUUAAGUACAGUCUUGAUAGGCUUCUAAUGGAAGCAUGUUUUUGCUACCUAGAUAAAAUUCUGGACUAAAUUCAAAUUGUAAUUGUCUAUAAUAGGGCUUUGUAGCAAACUGGCCUCGGGCUCAAAAAAAAACAUAGCUUAUGAUUGUUAUUUCCACUCCAAAAUAAAUAGCAGCAAUUUCGUGACAUGGCAUAUAUAAAAAAACCUGUCUAUUGACUGCUCUCAGUAGAAAAAUACUGAAUGAAUAAAAUUUUAAGAUAUUAAAGGUAAUGAGGCCAAGGAGACAUUUCCUGUUAACUUCAGUCAGUCCUGUCAAGUCUGUACGUUUCCAAUUUUCCCAUUCAUUGUUUCUUUUCUUGUUAUGUAAAGGACAUCUUCCAGCUGCACACCUUAACUGAAAAUAGUGACAUAAUUAUCCUGUUACUUUGACUGAAGGAAAACCCUGUCCUCAGCUGAAAACGUACCAGUACAGUGUGUAAAAGAGCAAAAAAGCAGAAGUUGGAAGAAAAUAUUUCCUGAGUUCCAGUGCUACAUUCUUUUGUAUGACCCAUUUGAAGGAGUAUAGAACAAAAGGGCAUUUUUUAGGCAUGCUUCUCCAAUUUUGCUGUGAUGUUUGAAGAAACUGUGGACUAACAGGAGAGCUAGUGGGGACAGAAGAAUGGCUGGAGGGCUUGACCUGCGAGGGAGGGUUACGUGGAUGAUGUGACUGCUGAAGACUGAUGUGCGCGGCGAGGAGUUGGGCUGCCCUCAGACCCGGGGCUGUGAGCGGCAGCUGCAGAGGAGGCGGGACGCGGCCCUGUUUGCCCCUGGCGGUAUCUCGGAGGCGGAGGUGCGAGCUGGGCGGGGGGCGGAGCCCUCGCGGGGCGGGGCCGCCAUUUGAAAUGCCGUCCCGUGGUUCCCCGCGGCCGCCGCUGAUUGGCCGGGCCGGGCACUGCGCCGUUCAAAGUAGCGGUGGCGCGCGCGACACGUCCCGUUCCGGCAGCGCCUCGGCUCCUGCUCCCGGCAUGGCUUCCUUCGGCUCCCAGGGCGGCGGCGGCGGCACCACCAAGAAGGAGGAGAAGGGCAAGAACAUCCAGGUGGUCGUGCGGUGCAGGCCUUUUAAUGCCUCAGAACUUAAAGCAAGCUCCCAUCCUGUUGUAGACUGUGAUCAAGCAAGAAAGGAAGUCAGUGUCCGCACUGGAGGAGUGACAGAUAAGACAUCAAAGAAGACUUACACAUUUGAUAUGGUUUUUGGACCUCAGGCUAAGCAGAUUGAUGUAUACCGGAGUGUUGUGUGUCCCAUUUUGGAUGAAGUUAUUAUGGGCUACAACUGUACAGUGUUUGCUUAUGGCCAAACUGGUACUGGUAAGACCUUCACAAUGGAAGGGGAGCGGUCACCCAAUGAGGAAUACACUUGGGAAGAGGAUCCACUAGCGGGUAUAAUACCCCGUACAUUGCAUCAAAUAUUUGAAAAACUCACAGAGAAUGGUACUGAAUUUUCAGUGAAAGUCUCUCUUUUGGAGAUCUAUAAUGAGGAGCUUUUUGAUCUUCUGAAUCCUACUCCUGAUGUUGGAGAAAGACUGCAGAUGUUUGAUGACCCUCGAAACAGGCGGGGUGUAAUUAUUAAAGGCUUGGAAGAAGUAACUGUACACAACAAAAAUCAAGUCUACCAAAUCCUGGAAAGGGGUGCGGCAAAGAGAACAACUGCAGCUACUUACAUGAACGCAUAUUCCAGCCGCUCCCACUCGGUGUUUUCAAUUACCAUCCAUAUGAAAGAAACAACAAUAGAUGGAGAAGAACUUGUUAAAAUUGGAAAGCUAAACUUGGUUGAUCUCGCAGGAAGUGAAAACAUCGGUCGAUCAGGGGCAGUUGACAAAAGAGCUCGUGAAGCUGGAAAUAUCAACCAGUCUCUCCUGACACUAGGAAGAGUUAUUACUGCUCUGGUAGAAAGAGCCCCACAUAUUCCAUACAGGGAAUCUAAACUCACAAGAAUCCUUCAAGACUCUCUUGGAGGACGGACGAAAACAUCAAUAAUUGCCACAGUUUCUCCUGCAUCUAUAAAUCUUGAGGAAACAUUGAGUACACUGGAAUAUGCCCAUAGAGCAAAGAACAUAAUGAAUAAGCCUGAAGUCAAUCAGAAGCUAACAAGAAAAGCCCUUAUUAAGGAAUACACUGAAGAGAUUGAGCGUCUGAAGAGAGACCUUGUUGCUGCACGAGAGAAAAGUGGAGUCUAUAUUUCUCUUGAAAAUUAUGAAGCCCUUAAUGGAAAGCUGACUGUUCAGGAAGAACAAAUUGCAGAAUAUAUUGACAAAAUUGGUGUUAUGGAGGAAGAAGUGAAAAAAAUCACUGAACUAUUCACAGUUAGUAAAAAUGAACUUCAACAGUGUAAAACAGAUCUGCAAAUCAAGGAGAAAGAGCUAGAAGAAACACAAAAAGAUCUGCAAGAAACCAAGGUUCAUCUGGCUGAAGAAGAAUAUGUGGUUUCAGUUUUGGAAAACAAUGAACAAAAACUUCAUGGCACAGCUAGCAAGUUACUUAGUACAGUUGAAGAAACUACAAAAGAUGUAUCUGGGCUUCAUGCGAAACUGGACCGUAAGAAAGCUGUUGAACAGCACAAUGCUGUUGUCCAAAAUGCAUUUGCAGUACAAAUGAAUGCUUUGUUCAACAAAAUACAGGAUUCACUUAGUGAAAACAGUUUGAAGCAGCAACAGAUGUUGACAUCUUACACAAAUUUUAUAGGUGACCUCUUGUCUACCAGUUCUUCAACAGCUGAUAUUCUUGCAUCAGUUAUGUCAGCAGCUUGUGCCUCUGUUAAAGAAUUGGUGUCUACAGAAAUUUCUCACAUGUCUGAAAAAAUAACGCAGCAUGAGAAUCUAUCACUGGAUUGUAAAGCUGAGCUGCUGAGAUUAAUUGAGGAACAUGAAACUGGUUUAGGAAGAGCGUUAAAUAGCUUGACACCGGUGGUAGAAUUUGUCUUGGGGUUAAACUGUCAGUUUCAGAGUAACAUGAAGAAAUACUCUGCUGUGGCUGAUGAGAUGGAGGUCCAUAAAUGGGAAAUGAAUACCUUCUUUGGAGAUCUUUCUCUCACUCUGAAAAAAAUACGUGAAGAAGUGGACAGUGGUUUUGCUGAGCUUCAGCAUAAUUGUGAUGAUUUAAAAGAAGAAGUGGAAAGGACGAGGUUGGCACAUGCAGAGAGAACAGCUGAAUUCAUGUCCUCACUGCGAAGCCAGCUUGACAUGUUUGCUCAGGAGACUCAGAAGAACUUAACUAAUGUACUCACGAAAAAUGGAAGCUUGAAGACCACCAUCACUGCUAUGCAAGAAAACGUUCACUUGAAAACUACAGACCUAGUUAGCAGUGCAAAUUCCAAUCACAGCAAAUGUACUACAUCUCUGGAUAAUUUCUCUCAAGAGCUCAGGGGCAUAAAUGCUGAAAAUAAGAUGAUACUGGAAGAAUCCAGUGACCACUGUCAACAUCUCCUCAGCAAUCUCAAGGAUGUGUCUCAGGACACCAAAACCUGGCGUGAAUUUACAACUGCUCAGGUGGUCAACUUUACUGAUCAGCAGCUAUCAUCCUUCAGUGAUGAGAAACAGCAGUUUCAGUGUUUACAAAAGAAAAGUGAAGAACACUGUGAUAAAACAACAGCUGAAAUUGCUGACCGUAGUAGUAGACAAGUGGCUGCUGAGGGGAAGGUACUCAAUGGCUUUCUUGAUCAGAUAAAGGUGGAUAAAGAGAUACUUCUGGAGCAGAAGCUGGCACUUAGCAACAAAGUACAGCAUGGACUAACUCAGGUUAAUGGCUUCCUGCAAGAGGAUCUGAAAGUGGAUAUUCCAACAGGGACAACUCCACAGAGAAGAGACUACUUCUAUCCAGUCACACUCAUGAGAACAGAGCCACGGGAACUUCUACUGGAGCAAUUAAGGCAAAAGCAAUCUAAGCUUGAUGCUAUGCUAAGCAGCAUGUCAAAGGAGAUGGAGGAUAGUGCAGGUCAGGACCUGUUGGAAGAGGAGGGAGGGUUGCAAGAAUCCAAUGAAAGCCUUGCUAGCGACAAAUGCUUAGCGGAUACAAAUGUAUACUGCCACACAAAUGGUGGCAUUCCUUUUUUCCAGCAGAGAAGUCGUCGCAAAAAGGGUAAAGAGAACAAAUCUGCAGCUACAGUGGAGAACAAAAUGGAGGACAUGACAGAAGAGUUUCUUCACGAAUCCAAGCAUCCCUUAAGAUUGCUGAACUAAGAUAUAUCUAUUGCAGAUCCCUGGUUUUUUAAAUUUCUAUCUCAUUGUCUUACUGAGCCAUAAUGUUUUAGGUUAUUCUUGGUCUCUCUUUAUUGUGAUGCAAAGUUGAAUCAAAAGAUUGACCUGCUAGAUGUCAUGCCUUUGUCCCAUUUUUAUAUGCUAUGCUGGUAGCUUGCAAUGUAUUAAGGAAAAAAAACCUGCACAUUGUGGUGCUGUUAUGUUAAAUAUAUUUCUGUGUUGUUAAGAUAUCAUUUUCUGUUUCUCAGUAGAUUUAAAACACCAGAAAGGGAUGUUGAAAUAUGCUUUGUCAGCAUUAUCAGCUACCAUUUUAUAUAUGAAUCAACUGUAAAUAAGUGUUCUGGUUUUGUACCUGCUUUUUAAUCCAGUUGCUCUCUUUGAUACUUCAAAUAAAUUUUGAUAAAUGGAAAACAAAUGUAUAAACACCUCAGUGAAACAAA